CGGAGCGCUCGCGGAGGGCUCGGCCGCCAGCGACCGAGCGGGGCCCGGCCCGAGCCGGCCUGGGGGUACGACGCUGAGGGCGGGGGAGCGCGCGCCGCUGCUCUGGACCGGGCCGCGCGCGCCGCCUCAGGAACCAUCACCAUUGCUGGAACCUGACAGAAAUCCUAGCCAGCUAUCGGGGCUUCUCAUUGCAGCUGCGGCUUCCUAGUACAUUCUGGAACUUGGGAGUGCGGUGGCCCCUCAACUGCAGCCAUGGGGUCUGAGGAUCACGGGGCCCAGAACCCCAGUUGUAAAAUCAUGACGUUUCGCCCAACCAUGGAAGAAUUUAAGGACUUCAACAAAUAUGUGGCCUACAUCGAAUCCCAGGGAGCCCACCGGGCAGGCCUGGCCAAGAUCAUCCCCCCAAAGGAGUGGAAGCCACGGCAGACGUACGAUGACAUCGAUGACGUGGUCAUCCCGGCCCCCAUCCAGCAGGUGGUGACGGGCCAGUCGGGCCUCUUCACACAGUACAACAUCCAGAAGAAGGCCAUGACCGUCGGAGAGUACCGCCGCCUGGCCAACAGCGAGAAGUACUGCACCCCCCGGCACCAGGACUUUGACGACCUGGAGCGCAAGUACUGGAAGAACCUCACCUUCGUGUCCCCCAUCUACGGGGCUGACAUCAGCGGCUCCUUGUACGACGACGAUGUGGCCCAGUGGAACAUCGGGAACCUGCGGACCAUCCUGGACAUGGUGGAGCGUGAGUGUGGCACCAUCAUCGAGGGCGUCAACACGCCCUACCUGUACUUUGGCAUGUGGAAGACCACCUUCGCCUGGCACACGGAGGACAUGGACCUGUACAGUAUCAACUACCUGCACUUUGGGGAGCCCAAGUCAUGGUACGCCAUCCCGCCGGAGCACGGCAAGCGCCUGGAGCGGCUAGCCAUCGGGUUCUUCCCCGGGAGCUCCCAGGGCUGCGACGCCUUCCUGCGGCACAAGAUGACGCUCAUCUCUCCCAUCAUCCUCAAGAAGUACGGCAUCCCAUUCAGCCGGAUCACGCAGGAGGCUGGGGAAUUCAUGAUCACAUUUCCCUACGGCUACCAUGCUGGAUUCAAUCACGGAUUCAACUGUGCAGAAUCGACCAACUUUGCCACCCUGCGGUGGAUCGAUUACGGCAAGGUGGCCACUCAGUGCACGUGCCGGAAGGACAUGGUUAAGAUCUCCAUGGAUGUCUUCGUGCGCAUCCUCCAGCCAGAGAGGUACGAGAUGUGGAAGCAGGGCAAAGACCUGCCGGCGCUUGACCACACCCGGCCCACGGCCCUAAGCAGUCCCGAGCUGAGCACCUGGAGCGCCUCCCGGGCCUCCCUCAAGGCCAAGCUCCUCCGCAGACAAAUUAGUCUGAAGGAAAACAGACACUGGAAAAAGACUGAGGAGGAGAGGAAACCAAAUCUAGAAAGGAAGAAAGAGCAAACCAAAAAGCCGGGGCUGGCGUCCCACCGGAAGCGGAGCCAGCCCAAGAAGCCCAAGCCCGAAGGCCCCAGGUUGCCUGGGGAGGGGGCAGCCAGGGCGGCCCUCCUGGAGGAGGCGGGUGGCAGCGUGAAGGAGGAGGCUGUGCGGGAGGCCGAGCCCGAGGAGGAGGAGGAGGAGCCCCAGCUGCUGCUGGGCCGGGAGGCCGAGGCCGCAGAAGAGGACGGGAGGGGCAAGCUGCGGCUGGCCAAGGCCAGGAGCGACCGGAGGAAGAAGAGCUAUGGCCCCCUGUACCCCCACCACACCCUGUUGCCCCCACCCACCCCAUUCCCCAUGGAGGAGGCACCGCGGCCCCCACCCUCACUGGAGCCUUCUGUGCUGGCGUCGGGCCCUGCAGCCUCUGCGGGGAGCCCCCUGCCCCCGCCCCUGAAUGUCCUGCCCCCGGAGGCACCCGCCGAGGAGCUGGAGGUGAAGCCGCGCCCCAUCAUCCCCAUGCUGUACGUGGUGCCACGGCCCAGCACAGCCACGUGUGACAAGGGCCGCGUGUCCUGUCAGCAGGCCUUUGAGCACUUGGCCCAGAAGGGCCCCGCCUGGAAGGAACAGGUGGCCGCCAUGGAGCUAGCAGGGCCUGAGGAGGACAGCAGAGCCAGUGAGGUCCAGGCACCAUCCACGUUUUCCAAAUUGAAGAUGGAGAUUAAGAAGAGUCGGCGCCACCCCCUGGGCAAACCACCCACUCGGUCCCCGCUGACAGUGGUGAAGCAGGAGGCCUCGAGCGAUGAGGAAGCCUUCCCUUUCUCAGGGGAGGAGGACAUGAGCGACCCCGAGGCCUUGAGGUCUUUGCUGUCCCUGCAGUGGAGGAACAAGGCGGCCAGCUUCCAGGCCGAGAGGAAGUUCAAUGCAGCGGCUGCCCUGACUGAGCCCUACUGCGCCAUCUGCACCCUCUUCUACCCGUACAGCCAGGCCCUACAGACUGAGAAGGAGGCUCCCCACGCCUCUCUUGGGGAGGGCGCCUCAGCUGUGCCUCCUUCCAAAAGUGGCCAGAAGACACGGCCGCUGAUCCCCGAGAUGUGCUUCACCUCCAGUGGCGAGAAUACAGAACCGCUCCCCGCCAACUCCUACAUCGGUGAGGAUGGGACCAGCCAGCUGAUUGCCUGUGCCAAGUGCUGCCUGCAGGUCCAUGCCAGUUGCUACGGCGUCCGUCCUGAGCUGGUCAACGACGGCUGGACGUGUUCCCGGUGCGCGGCCCACGCCUGGACUGCGGAGUGCUGCCUGUGCAACCUCCGGGGAGGCGCCCUGCAGAUGACCACGGACCGGAGGUGGAUCCAUGUGAUCUGCGCCAUCGCGGUCCCUGAGGUGCGGUUCCUGAAUGUGAUGGAGCGCCACCCCGUGGACAUCAGCGCCAUCCCCGAGCAGCGGUGGAAGCUGAAGUGCGUUUACUGCCGGAAGCGGAUGAAGAAGGUGUCUGGCGCUUGCAUACAGUGCUCCUGCGAGCACUGCUCCACCUCCUUCCACGUGACCUGCGCCCAUGCCGCAGGGGUCCUCAUGGAGCCAGACGACUGGCCCUACGUUGUCUCCAUCACCUGCUUCAAGCACAAGUCGGGGGUCCACAGUGUCCAGUUCCUGAGAACCGUGGCCUUGGGCCAGGUGGUUAUCACCAAGAAUCGCAACGGGCUUUACUACCGGUGCCGUGUCAUCGGCACCACCACGCAGACCUUCUAUGAAGUGAACUUUGACGACGGGUCCUACAGCGACAACCUGUACCCAGACAGCAUCACCAGUCGGGACUGUGCCCGGCUGGGACCCCCGCCCGAGGGGGAGUUUGUUGAGCUCCGGUGGACUGAUGGCAACAUCUACAAGGCCAGGUUCAUUUCCGCUGUGACCAGUCACAUCUAUCAGGUGGAGUUUGAGGACGGGGCGCAGCUGACGGUGAAGCGCAAUGACAUCUUCACCCUGGACGAGGAGCUCCCCAAGAGGGUCCGGUCGCGGCUGUCGGUCAGCACGGGGGCCCCACAGGAAAACGUCUUCUCAGGAGAGGAGGUGAAGGCCGCCAAGCGCCCCCGGGUGGGCACCCCGCGUGCUGCCGAGGACUCAGGGCGGAACCCGGACUACCUGGCCUUCAUGGAGAGCCUCCUGCAGGCCCAGGGCCGGCCCGGAGCGCCCUUCUAGGACAGCUGGCCGCCUGGCGGCCCCUCGGCUCAGCAAGGCAGGUGGCGGCGGGCCCUGGCGUUUGCCUGCUGUGAGUUCCUGUUCCUGCCUCCGCGGCCCCAGAGGCUGCCUCCACGCCACGGGCUCCCCGCUCUGCAGGGACAGGAGCGAGCAGGAUGCCGGCCACGGCCCCGGACUCAGGGAGCAGGGCCACGUGGGCUCUGGGGGCCUGUGCCACCCCCACUACUCAGAUCCGUAAACCACGUAAGCUCUUCUUUUCGAAAAGGUGCUACUGCGAUGCCUGCCCCCCGAGCAGCCUUUGAGAUUGUGACUUCUGUACAUAGUACCUUUGUGAGGUUCUUUCUAUAAAUACCUAUUGUUUAAAAAAAAAAACGCAAGAAAAAAAGGAAAACAAAGAAAAGGAAAAAUCCCCAAAGUUGUUUUCUAGAUUUGUGGCUUUAAAAACAAAACAAAACGUUCUUUUUCUCAUAACGAAGACACACAGAGGGAGAUAAAAACAGCUCGCUCUUCGGUGUGUGGUUUUAAGUCCUCCUCGUCUGUGAGCAGGCGGGUGAGUGGGCUGCCGCCAUGCAAGGCCUGCAGGUGCCGGGGAGGCAGGGGCAGGGCGCCCAGUGACGGCCUCACUGGUCACUCGGCUCCCUGACCUCCCUGAGGGUCUGAGAGGCUGGCCCCGCCUCUGCAGCCACCGCCAGUGCCCAUCACCCUGUGCCUGGCAGGAGGAGGCCAGCAGCCCCGGCGGGGGCAGCUGCUGGCCACAGGUGCCCUGGGCCCCCUCCGGCCUUCGCAGAAUAUACACUCCCCACUUGUUCGCGCUAUCCGUCCUGCUUCCCCUUGUGUGAACCGCCCCUCAGCUGAUGGCCCCAGGCAGCUGGUGUGUCCCCAGUGCCGCCAGGCCCCCAGAGGCCUGCUCAGGGGGAGGGACAGCCCUCCCGGCACUGACGUGGCUCAGCUGUCUAGUCACUGACAAGCGUGGGUGGCUUCCUGCAACUGGAGCAGGUGGGGAGGGAGGUCGCAGAGCCCAAAGAGGACUUCCGGAUGGCCCACGUCAGCCGUGGGCUGCUGGGCGAGGAGGUCCUUGUCCCCCGGCUUUGCCUGCUGCUGCACGCCCAGGGGGCGGCGGAGCUCUGUGUCCUGUUUGUGCUGCGUGGAUCUGUGUGUCUGGGGGAGAGAGCAAGAGGGGUUACAGCUCCGGACUUGGAGGAAAUCUGCCUCUUAAGAGUUGUGGGUCGAAUUUAUGAGAGAAAAAACUGCUUUUCGGCGAGCUUGGGAAGGAGCCGAGCCCAGCCCAGCCCCCACGCCCUCUGCAGAGCCUUCUCCAUCUCUGCUGUCCCCUGCUGUCCCCCACAGACAGGUUGAAAGCAGAAUUUGCUUGUAUAAAAAAUUUUUUAAAAUUAAAACUGGCGUGUUCUUACAGUUGCCAGGCCAGAGAGAACUGAAGACCAUGGAGAGAACCCAGAGGAGCCCAGAACCUUCCAUCCCUUUGGUGGGGGGUGGAGGGUGGGGCGGGGAGGUGCUGAAGGGAGUCGGCAGACGGGGCCUCCCUCUGCAUGCAGAGCCUGCCUGGGGGCUGGCACUGUGUUCACACAUAGUCUGGAAAUGCUGUUUAUACUGUAAAGGGAAUGGGAGGUGCGGUGCAUGGUGCCUCUCGGGCCCGGAGGGCGGGCCGGCUCCCGCGCGGGUCUCGGCUUGUGCCCGAGGUGGGUCAGGAUGCCGAGGGUGCGCAGGCCGCGGCACAGCCAUGAGGAAGUGCGGUUCCCCACAGGGGGCUGUCUGUCUAUGUGCAAGACAAAAAGCAAAAGCCCCCACUCGCCCGAGAUUCAGGAUGCACUGUACUUUUGCCUGCUCCCCCUGCCUCUAGGUUCAUCAUGGAUUAAAGGCUCGUGAACACUGCGAA